AUGUCAACACAAGCUUCUAAAUUUUGCAAUGAGGAAUCCUUGCCAAAUUUCCAUCACAUUCAUCCACUAAACUCCCCCCCCCCUCCGUGAGCGAACAAAACCAUUAGAAAAAUCGCCAUUUUUUGACCAAAAACCCCACCCUCCGUGAGUGAACAAAAAUAUAUUUUAAUAGAAAAAAUUUUAAUAGAAAAAAAUUUUGCUAUAUAAGUGAUAAUUAGUAUAAUGAAAUCUAGAGCUAAUUCUGUUUAAUUUUAAACAAAUUGCGUUUUAAAACAUAAAUUUUGCAAAUUAAAUUAGUAUUUGCUUCCCAAUUUUUGCAAAUUAGGAUUUUUUUUUAAAUUUCGAAAAAAAAUAUUUUUUAUAAAAUUUAUAUAUAAAUUGUUUUUAAAAAAAAAAAUUAACCCCCCUCCGUGAGUGAACAAAAAUUUUUUUGUUCGCUCACGGAGGGGGGGGGAGAGUAAGCAUCGUAGAUGAAGAAAUGCAGCAAGGCUUGCAUUUAGAUGAGAAAAAGGAUGAAAAACAGCCAAAUACUUGCUAUAAGCAACCCAAAGGUGAAGAUAUAUCAAAUGAGGCAGAAAUAUCAACCGCUACUGACGCAUCGUCAAAAACACUUAAAGAGCAGUCAGGUACAGUAAAAUUUCUAGGUCUAUUUGAAAAGGAUAUAAGUUCAAGCAUUAAAAGCUUUACAGCACCAGAAGAUGAUGAGUAUUAUAAGAAUACAAGCUUUAUAAUAAACAAUAUCUCUCUUAAUGAGAGCUCUCGAUCCUCAAUGCUCAGCGAAUACGACUAUAAGAAAACAGCAAAUGGGGGAGGUAGGUCACAAUGUUCAGGCUGCAUAAUAAUUUAA